AUGUCUGGGAGAACCUGGACAGUGGUGAAAUUUGUCGAGGAGGACACUGUGGAGGCUGUUCCAACAACAUGGCUGGUAGGAAAUUUAUGUUAUUGGCCUCCAUAUCCAAGAGAAAAAUUGGUAACUGCCAUAAAAAACUUCGAAGCUCCCAAUACUCAUUGGCCAUCACACAAGAUGGAGAUCUUCAGAAAUGGGACAUUUGAUGAUGAAAUCAAGAGAAUAAAAAAACAAUACGUGUUUCUAACCAACAUCAUGGCAGACAUGAAAACUGACCUGACAGAGAUAAAAUCGACAUUGUCGACCAAAGUUUUGCACAGUGCAGAGGAAUCGUUUUUCUUGAAGUUUUCUUUCCCCAUCAAUGAUGAGGCUACACUUGAGACAGUGGAAAGUUACUUGAUUAUAGACGAGAAUUUUCAGAAUGCGGUCCCUGAACUUGCAAAUAUUGGGGGCCAUAAUGUUUAUGAUUUUGUCAAACGUGCGAUGACAUUCUUGGUCACUAAUAAGUUUGCUUCUAAAUACAGCUUCCUAGGAAGAAAACAAAAAGGAUCUUUCAGCAUUUUGAAGCUGUCUGAAUUAUUAAUCAAAGCUGCUAAUCAUUCAAAGAAAGCAGAUCGCAAGGAGGUUGAAGAAGCCAUUUCAAAAUGGCUCCGAAGAGCUAAUGAAAGGAAGGGCCAAUAGUGUACUUAUA